CAUCUCUCUAAAUUUAUUAAAUAAAAUUAUCCAUUUUAUUUAACUAAACGAUAUUUGAGAUAAUGAGCAAUAACGAUACAUCAAAGUCGUUAAAUAUAAAAGACAAUGAAGAUGUUGAAAAUGACAAAUUCUUUGAAGAAAUUAGAAAAAACGAACAGCAAUUCACAAAUUCUCUUCGCGAACAACUCGAAAAGGUUCGCAAAGAUAAAGCUGUGUUAGAGGCAGACCUAAAGUCUCGAACAAAAGCUUAUGAAGCAGCUUCAGGACAUUUGCAAUUUUUAACCAACUCUGAAAGCACGAAUCGUUUAGAUGAGUUAAUGAGCAUUAAAGAUGUAAAUGAAUUGAGAAAGGAAAUUAAGCAUUUAUAUGAAAAAUGCCGUCAACAAGAAACAGAAAUAAAAAAGUUAGAAUUUGAGUUGGAAAUGGAACAGGGUCACGUAAAGAUACUAAAGCAUGAUAAUAAAAUGUUGAGACAAAUGGCAGUCGAGAUGACUGCUAUGGCAGAACAAGAAGAAGAAUUUAUUUCAAACCGAUUAUUGAAAAGAAUUACAGGACUGAAAAAAGAAAAAAGUGAGUUACUUUUACAAGUAGAACAAGAAGAGGAAUAUAUGACAAAUAUGUUACAAAAGAAAUUAAACCAGCUUCAACGUGAAAAGAUUGAAAUGGAAAACUCUUUAGAACAAGAACAAGAAUUCAUUGUAAAUAAGUUACAAAAGCAAUUGGACUCAAUGAAAAUACAACAACAACAACAACAACAAUCCCAGACUACAUCACCUAUGAUGUCUUGUGUUCAGGAUGGCAUAACUGCAUCCCCAAGAGCUUUAUCUCCUGUUAUCCCUAUGAAGUGGGGUUCAUCCCCUACAGGAACAGCAACUGAAAUUCAAUCAGGAACAGCAGAAUCAUUAUUAUCUGAAAUUGCUGUAUUAAAAAACCGAACUACAGAAAUGGAAAAAGAAUAUUUAUUAAAAAUGCAACAAUGUAAUAAAUACAAGAGUGAACUAAUUCAAUUUCGUAAGCAUGCUGGUUUAUCAACAGAUGAUAUUCCUUUAGAUGAAGGUAUCCCUGCUGUCUUUAGAACAAUUCCUCCUUCUCCCGGAAGAAGUGGCAGAGUAAAAUAUAUCAUAUUUGUAGGAGUAUUUAAUUUAACUUACUGUUUGAUUUUAGCUUGGUCGCUCAACUUCAACUUCUUCGCAAAGGUCAUUAACUUCUGAUAAAAAUAGCUUUAACUUUAUUCCACCAUUACAACUUGAUUCUAAUGAAGGCUCUGUUAUACAUAGUAACUACUACCAAGCAUCAGCUGGCAAUUCUUCUAGUAGAUCAAGUAGAUAUCUUUUAUACUUUUUAAUCUUUAUUAUUUCAUUGACUUUUGUAUAAUAGGAUCUAAUAGUGCUGCUUCCAAUAGCAUCCAACCUAAAUCUUCAAGAAGGAUCUCAGGUACCUUGUUAAGUAUGGCUUCUGCAGGCCAUUCAUCAACUACUCAAUAAAAAUGAAGGCUAAAUUCAGUUAAUAUGAUGGUAUGCUCCUUACUUCAAAUUAUGUUCUUUUUUUUUUCCUUAAACAAAAUUAAAUAAAAUCAAACAAUAUGUUAUGAAUUAAGUA